GGCCCCGACAAAGUGCUGGCGAGCUGCGACGUGACCCGGCGGCCGCGUGGGUGCCCGGUGAGCGAGCGAGGCAGCCGGCGAAGGACGCGACCUGGCCCCGGGCCCUGCGGAACUCCAGGCGCGUCACGUACACGCUCGGCGGCGCGAGCCGCGCAUAACGGUAUUUGGAUUUGAACUGCACUUUGGAAUUCAUCUAUACUUAAAAUGCCACCAGCAGUUGGAGGUCCAGUUGGAUACACUCCCCCAGAUGGAGGCUGGGGGUGGGCAGUAGUAGUUGGAGCUUUCAUUUCCAUUGGAUUCUCUUAUGCAUUUCCCAAAUCCAUUACUGUGUUCUUCAAAGAAAUUGAAAGUAUAUUCAGUGCCACCACCAGUGAAGUGUCAUGGAUAUCCUCAAUCAUGUUGGCUGUCAUGUAUGGUGGAGGUCCCAUCAGCAGUAUCCUGGUAAAUAAAUAUGGCAGUCGUCCAAUCAUGAUUGUUGGUGGAUGCUUGUCAGGCUGUGGCUUGAUUGCAGCUUCUUUCUGUAAUACUGUUCAGGAACUUUAUUUAUGUAUUGGAGUCAUUGGAGGUCUCGGGCUUGCCUUCAACUUGAAUCCAGCUCUGACAAUGAUUGGCAAGUAUUUCUACAAGAGGCGACCGCUGGCAAAUGGACUGGCCAUGGCAGGCAGCCCUGUGUUCCUCUCUACUCUGGCUCCCCUCAAUCAGGCUUUCUUUGGUAUUUUUGGCUGGAGAGGAAGCUUUUUAAUUCUUGGGGGCCUCCUACUAAACUGCUGUGUAGCUGGAGCCCUGAUGCGACCAAUAGGGCCGCCACCAACCAGUGCAGGGAAAGAUAGGUCUAAAGAAUCCCUUCAGGAAGCUGGAAAAGCUGACGAGAAAAAGGGAGGUGAUGCAAAUACAGAUCUUAUUGGAGGAAACCGCAAGGAAGAGAAACGAUCAGUCUUCCAAACAAUUAAUAAAUUCCUGGACUUAUCUCUGUUCACACACAGAGGCUUUUUGCUAUAUCUCUCCGGAAAUGUGCUCAUGUUUUUUGGACUGUUUACUCCUUUGGUCUUUCUUAGUAAUUAUGGCAAGAGUCAACAUUACUCUAGUGAGAAGUCUGCCUUCCUUCUUUCCAUUCUGGCUUUUGUUGACAUGGUAGCUAGACCUUCUAUGGGACUUGUAGCCAACACCAAGUGGAUAAGACCUCGAGUUCAGUAUUUUUUUGCGGCUUCUAUUGUUGCAAAUGGAGUGUGUCAUCUGCUAGCACCUUUAUCCUCCAGCUACAUUGGGUUCUGUGUCUAUGCGGGCUUCUUUGGAUUUGCAUUUGGAUGGCUCAGCUCAGUGUUGUUUGAAACACUGAUGGACCUCGUUGGACCUCAGAGGUUCUCCAGCGCCGUGGGACUGGUGACCAUUGUGGAAUGCUGUCCUGUACUCCUGGGGCCACCACUUUUAGGUCAUCUGAAUGACAUCUAUGGAGACUACAAAUACACCUACUGGGCAUGUGGUGUGAUCCUAAUUAUCGCAGGCAUCUAUCUCUUCAUUGGCAUGGGCAUCAAUUAUCAACUUGUGGCCAAAGAGCAGAAAGCAGAGAAGCAGCAGAAAAAGGAAAGUAAAGAAGAGGAGACCAGUGUAGAUGCUGCUGAGAAGCCGAAAGAAUAUGCAUCAGAAUCUGCAGAGCAGAAAGACACAGAAGGAAGUCCCAAAGAGGAGGAAAGUCCAGUCUAAACCUGUGAGGCCUGAGGGUCAGUGCAGCAGCCGUGAUCAAGAUACCUGUAAAUAUACUGGCCUGUAAUCCAGCAGUGGUGCUCAUUGCCAAUAGUGGACAUGUGUGGGAAUCGUAUCAGGUGUUCAUUGAUGGAAUUUUUGUUUCACUCCUUACCAGUAGCCUGAAUUAAAAAUGCCAUACCUGUGGGGAGGGAGUGAUUGGCAAAAAAUGAGAGAAGGAAGUAGUGUGGGGUUUUUUUGUUUGUUUUUUUAAAUCCUAGCUUUUAACAGUGUCCAAAAGAUUAUAAUAUGUGCCUUAAGUUUUAGUCUUUAGAACUCUUUAGGGAGCCUUAACUUUUUAAACCAUUCUGCUGAAUGCUAUUUUAGGUGUUAGGUUAAUAAGGAAAAAUAACAACUAACUUGUUUGAGGCAAAUCUAAAAUUUAAAAUUAACCUUCAUUGUUAUUUGUAUUAUCGUGUCAGACAUCAUCACUGGAAGAUUUGUGAAUAGAAAUAUUGGUUGGAAGUUGGGAUUAUAAAAUCCUGACUAAAAUAUUUUCCUCUCAUCAGUAGUUGCCUAGAUUCGUGCCUGGUAGCUAUAUAUUUAGGAAAUUUAAGGCGCAAAACUUUGGAAACAUCUUAGCUGUUCUAGAUACAUUGUACUCGUCAGCACCCCUCUGGAAUCUUUUCUUGGGAUGCUAAUAUUAUUAGUGCUUGAGAAUUUAUAUCAUUAAAUUACUAUUUUCUCUUUUCAAAGACAUUUUGAGUGGUUAUAAACCAUUGCCCCCUUUGAAAUCACUUAAUAUUUUUCACUGUAAAAGUUAACUUUAAAAUAUGGAAAACCAUAUAUUUGUGCAUCUGUAGUGAAUACAACACAUCUAGUUAAAUGUAGAUAAAUAUUUCAUACAGCAGCAGAAUUCAGCUUCAGUUUUACCAAAACCUCAGUUAAACUAUGAGACUUAGAUUUUUUGUUGUUGAUUUUCCUGGAGUUCUCCCCCAUUAAUUCAUAGUGGUUCCAUUUAUAUCUGGGUCUAGCUUAGAGCUGUGUGUGAAAUAUUCAAUCUUUGUGUGUUUUUGUUGUUUUUUUUUUUAAAUGUUUGCUAAUUAAAGCCAGAGCAAUUUGGCCCCAGGCAAACCAACGAAGAUAAGAUUGGGAGGGAAGUUUCUCCUUUUCUUUUUCUGAGAAGGCCUGGAAAAAAAUUAGGUCUUGCUUAUAAUUAUUGGACACAUUCUUAUUACUCCACACAAACAUAAAGAUAUUCUGACCCUUUUUACUUAUUUGAAAAAUAGAGAAGUGGGCUUAGUAGAAGGAUAGGGAGAUUGGACCAGAAUGAAAUCUGUAAAUAUUUUUUAAACUAGUAUCUUUUAAAAUGCACAAGAAGAUAAUGAUAGACACUCAGUAAAUUAUAUUCAGUGCAUUUUAAAAUAUCAUUGUAAUUGAAACAGUGAAAGUAUAGGUAUAAAAACCUUUUGUGUAAGAGGCUGGCUUUUCCAAAUAAACUUUUUUUUUCUUUUUUUAAAGAAAUGUUUCUCCCUCCAAAUGUUUAUUCUCUUGAGAAAAUAUUUCUGUGUCUUCAUUAUCAAAUUAAUUUGGCCCUUGCUAAUAUUAAAUCAUUCAGCUUAUAUACUGUGGGAACUGUGUAUAUGGCUUAUUUUUAUUUUUCUUUGUUCCUCCUUUAAGUCCAUGAAGAGGGGGAUUUUGAAAUCACCUCUCUGAAAGCAUCCAAAGCAGUUAACCUUAAAGGAUACAAUGAAAACUCCUUUCUAUGCCUGAAUGUCAUGGCAGAUGGAGAAGGAAUUUUAGGGGAGAAGCCUGCUGUGACUGUUGGCAGGCUUGGCUCCAAUUGGGAUUCUGCCGUUUUCCAUAGACCAGAGCCCAUAACCUUUAUGUGCCUCUCUCCCCUUCCACAAAAAUGAGGAUCACUGUCCAUGAGGUAAUAUAAGUAAAGGAAAUGGGAAAGGGGCAUGGGGUGGAGGAGGAGAAGUACAGGAUUAUUUUUCCUUGUAGGAGAGGAAAACUUUUCCCUUCUUUCUCAGUUCUUUGGAUGGCCUAAUAAUUAAACUGACAUAAGACAGGUAAGAUAGGAGAAAAUUUUCAUUUCAUACAUACAGGAACUUCACAGAGACACGAGAAGGCCAAAAACCGGCAACUGAGGUUUGCAAGCCAUCUGAAGCUAAAGAGAGGAGGGGGGCAGGGGUCUGCGGCUUCACAAGGAAUAAAGACAAUUUACAGGAAGAUGGGAAAAGCAAAUGUUUGGUAAACCAUGCCAGGCAGAGAAGUCUUCUGUAAAAAAAUAUUUUUUUUAAUUAUCCUUUGUAAUACUACUCUCUUCCUGGUACAGGCUCCCUACCUAAAUUCUUCUAGGCAGUUACAAGGGAGGUAAAAAGCUCUUCUUCAGUCUGUUAGGCAUUUGACUGCCUUUAGCUCAAAUAACCCACAUGUCCAAGUGGCACAUUUUGAGGCAGCCCUGUCCUGAACCCCAUCACCCCCAUCCCCAUUGUUGAGCUAUGUCCAUACCUAAGACCCUGCUUAAUCUUUUUUCAAUAGUUGAAUCUUGUUAGUGAAGGGUUAAAAACUGAUUCAAAGCUGGAAUUAAGCCUUCUAUUGACCAGUCCAACCCUGACUUUUUCCCCUGAAGAGGCAGGAUUAAAGUAUUACUCAGGAUCAGUUUUGGUAACAGCCAACACUAAAACCCAAUAUAGGCCCACUGUGUGCCAUCUAUUUCUUGUUAACAAGGAAUUGUUGGUUAUGUUCAACAAUGGAAAGGUGGGUGGACUUUCUGAUCCAAUCUAUUGUCCUUUACUCCACACGAGGACUAAAUUUUCUUCCAAUUCACACAGUGUCAGUGGCUGCUUUGGAAACACAGAUGUAUGCAAAGAGCACCCACCAGCUUUGUUUUCUCUGUGUCCCACAUCUUCCAUAGGUCACAGGGCCUAAAAAAAAGGCUUGGCAUACUUCAAGAGUAUACUCUGAAACAGGCUCCCAAGCCAAAGCUGGAAAACUACUUAAACUGAUAGGCUGGACAACUACAGAUGAUCAUAGUGACAAGACUGUAUUAUUGUGCUGUAGUGCAGUCUGCUGAUGAUUUACCUUAACUAGUUAUAAAUAAUUUCUACAAAAUAUUCAGGAAAGCAUGGUGGUAGAAACAAAUUAUGGAAAAUUCAGAGGUGUUUUUAUCCCUAUUUAGUCACAUUGGUAACUAAUCCUUUGAAUUCUUGGGUUGUCUGAAUUUAGUUUAUGUUUGUACCAUAGAUACAUAUGUCAAUAUUAAUCCUGUAUUUUAAAAAGGAAAAAAGUUUGUUAAAAGCCAUUUAAUAUUUUUGUAUGAACCAGUGUUUUACUGUAUUGAAUUUGAUUGAUAAAAUGGGUACUGAUUUGUAUGAAAAACCUAAA